ACAUUUAAAAAAAAAACAGAACCGUCAACGCGCGCAGUUUAUUCAUCUGGCGAGGAGUGUUUCUGUCCUCCUGAGCUCGCACAGUUUUGCUUCUCAUGUGUGUUGACAGUCAAUUAUCUGGGUUGGAAAUCUAAGGGUUGUUUUUGUCUCGGUGCCAUUUUAAACUGGAUUACCUCUUAAUUAAUAAUUUACAAUCUGAUUGUUUCCCUUUUUAUUUUGUUGUUGAGAGAUUUACAUCCGCCGGGUCCUUCCUCUUUUUAUUAAGAGCGAUUUCGACACUCGGUGAACUUCUGUAUACGCAAAGAUAAUACAAAUUUAGGGUGUCUGUGGGCGCAUUAACACGCGAUGACUGUGGAGCGGCCAAUUCACCAGUGCACAGGUUGGCCAAAGGACACACCUGUGUGACGUUAAGGCGGAUGAAGAGCGGAGUGAAUUUAACGUACGCCAGACGAUACCUUUUGUACAGAGAGUAUACCUUUCCACUUUUCACCUGAGGACGCACAACGUUGCUGUGCAGUGUGCCACGUCGUGAGGGACACAACAGGUUGAAUCUUGUCCUGUAAAUAUUUUUUGGACGACUUAUGGAUGUGUACGCGUGACAGCGACUCACGGCUUAAGUUCAUUGUCUACUGAGCUUGGAAGUGUUUUUCAACCAUGGGACAUGUUCAGAAGACGAAGGGUGUUUUGAAAUGUGUGCUCUGCAUUCCUAUCACGCUGUGUUUUCUCUACAUAAUAUCUCCAUCGUUGAGACUUUUAGUAGUCCUACUACCUAUGGACAAAUGCUCUUUGGAAAGUGCAAAGAUGCUGGUUCUUGACAACAGUGUGGACACCAGCCUCAACCUUUGGUCCAGACCUAACGUGCAAACGUGUACAUCUUGGAAAGCUCCCAUCAUCUGGGAAGGAAUGUUUGACCCUGACCUUUACGACCAGGCGCACAAGACGGAAGGAUCCUCUGUGGCUCUAACGGUGUUUGCUGUCGGCAGGUACCUGGAUGCCUACCUCGGGACCUUCCUGAACUCAUCAGAGCAUCACUUUAUGUUGGGUUUGCCCGUGACGUAUUACAUUUUUACGGAUGUGCCGGAGAAGGUGCCAGACAUCAAGCUCGCUCCUCAGCGAAGCAUAAAGGUCAUCAAAGUGGAGAAGAAAUCCAGGUGGCAGGACAUCUCUAUGAUGCGAAUGAAAACCAUAUCAGAUGUCAUCGAGUCGGAUAUUCGCCACUGCUGCACGCAUGUCUUUUGCUUCGACGUGGAUCAGGUGUUCAAUGGCAGAUUUGGCUCGGAGGCUCUGGGAGAUUCUGUGGCUCUGCUCCACGCCCACUACUACCGCAUUCCGAAGAGUUUGUUUACCUACGACCACAACCAAAAGUCUAAGGCGUACAUGCAAACUGGGGAUUUUUACUACCACGCUGCCGUCUUUGGAGGUUCAUGGAAGAGUGUAAAAGCGUUGGCUGACGCCUGCUAUCAGGGCAUCAUGGAGGAUAAACAGAAUAACGUGGAGGCUCUGUGGCACGACGAGAGCCAUCUCAACAAGUACAUGUGGCUUCACAAGCCGAGCAGGGUGCUCUCUCCAGAGUACUGCUGGGACACCAGUAUCGGCUACAGGAGUGACAUAAAAGUCGCCAGAGUGCUGUGGGCACCAAAAUAUUAUGAUGCACUUCGCACACCUUAGUGGUUUUUUGAAGUAAUGUGCAAAAUUGACUCCUAUAUUUAGUAAAGGGUGUGAGAACUAUAUAACAAACGAUACGCUCUCAGGUUGUCGUGCUCCCUCGCUCUUUAUAUUUAGUUCAACUUCUGCAAGUGUGGAUUUUCUAAUAGUGACGACUACUUUCACUGAACGCCUGCUGCCGCCUCGGUAAAUCUAAGCAAAUGCUGCCAUUGCUUCAUUGUCAAUAUAUAUUUAUAGUGAUUACAUAUUAAUGUUGGUCUGUGCUAGUUGAUCACUUGUGUUAAUCAGUUUGUGAAUUACCCCUGUUUCCCAAAUCACAUUUUUUGAUGAAUGAUACUUAUUGGCCCUGAAGUUGCAGUGGCAUGAGUAACAGUCAAGCGGGGUUUUUUUCCCUCAAAUUGUCAGGCAGGAUGCAGACUGCUUCAUAUCGUCUUACCGGUCUCUGAGAAAGAUGGAAGGAAACGAGAAACCUCUUCAGUGUAUUAAGAUAACGGGACAGGUUGUCCCCAUUUAUUUUUCAUUUUGAACUCUGUAAAGUUUGUGUUGAAGCUAGGGAUUUUAUUUGAUUGCAUAGACAAAUCUUUCGAGCUGUCUGUUUUUUUUUUGUUUUUUUUUUGCUCUGGUUUUGCCAGUUUUUGUUAAUUUAUGUAUAUAUUUUUUUUUUUUUAUUAGUCAAUCACUGACCUCUUUUCACAUUUAUAUUAUUGGAGUAGGAUGCCAAGUACAAAUGCAAUGUGUCUUGUAAGCCAACCUUGCAAAUGAUGUGUGCAGCAGUGUUUCCCAAAACAUUGUGUGGGAAUAUGGUGGGUGGACCGUGGGCCCUCUAGGGGGGUAGAGGCAUGCUUCCCCGGAAAAAAGAUUUUGUAUGUUUUUGAAGUUGGAUGCAUCAAUCUGGUGCACUUUGAGAGCAACAUUUAGCAGCUAGAUCUAUGAAGAACUUUGUGCUCUUGUUCUAGCAGGGGUGGAAUGUAACGAAGUACAUUUAGGCUACUCAAGUACUGUAUAUAGCCUAUUGAGUAUAUAAAGUAGUUAAAGCAGCUCCACCUUUUUAGAAGCUGCAACAUUUUAAAUGAAGACAUUAAUGCAUCAGUAAUUGUAAUCCAAUGAUAUAAGCCUACCUUGAAUAUACUUGUUGAAACGGGCCAAACAGCCCACCCGUUGAAGUGGAAAAAUAUUUUUUUUUUCAUUAUGAAACUGGCAGUAGAAAAGAAUGGACUUUGGUGGGCCGUCUCAGUCUAGGUAAUUAAUAGGAAACACUGGUGCAGUGCUCUCUGGUAAACAACUACUUUUUAAGCAGAUGUAUCGUAUGAGUGGCAUUUUUGGCAGGUUGGGACACAUUUACUGCUAUAUGAGGUACUUUUCUGUUGGAAAAUUAGUCUUUUUUUUUUUUGGGAGGUUUACUUGAAAAACGUGGUAAUAAAAUGAACAUUUGUAAGGAGAAAUAUAUUAUCCCAAAGCACCUUAUCCCAGAGAUGUUUCUUUUUUUAAGGGAGAAAUGCAUGUAUAGUUCUUCAAUUUAAUAGUAAUCUGUCAACGGACACGUUACUGUGUCAUGUAGUAGUUUCAGACCUGUUGCAGGUGGUCUGACCUCAUCAAAAUGCAUUGGAAAAAAAAUUCCUUUUGCUUUGUGCAACAAGUUGCCCUGGCUGCAUAUUAGACUCUGGUAAAGCAACGACAAUUAAUAUAAUUUCCUUUGUUUAUUUGAAUAUACGAUAACUAGGCCACACAAAAUGUCCAAGUUGUGGAGUGGUAGUUGUGGCUAUAGGUUUGAGGACUUAAAAGACCAUAAUGUGGUCCAUUCUUAUGCAUUACAUCGUGUACAUUUAUAUUAAAUGUUUUAUUGUUUGUGCAUGAUAUGGAGUUAAAGUGUGAAGCUUUGCUGACAAGUAGCUGUAACAGCCAACCGAUUUAUCUGUCUAUUCAGAUGUCUCGGUGUGUUUGACAAACCAAGAGGCCAACUGGACAAAUGACUGUUUGUAGUUUAAAUGCCAACAAAUACAACGGGCAACCAGCCACUGCAAUCGGAACAAAAAUGACAUUUUGGGGCUUUAACAUAAACAUAAUAAAAGUACAUUUAAGUUUUAGUUUAGAAUGAACAGCUGCUACGGUAUGUUCUGUGGUUUCUCAAACGCCCCUGGCCCCAGAGUGCUGUGCAAAACAAAAAAGGAUUGUGAAGACAAAGUGCAAGAUGAGUAGGUCUGCGUAGGUUGUUGUUUAUGAAAUGCAUGCAUUGUAAAUGUUAGUCAGAUCAGGUUUCAGGCCUUUAGAAAAGUUUGAAGUCUAGACUUUGAACGGUUACAAGAAAUGGAUACAAUUUUAUGAGAAUAUUCAACAUUUUUUACACGAGAGCUGUUGUCACUCAGAUCUGGAGAGUUAAAUAAUUUUGUCAACUUAAAAAUGAAACCAAAUGAAAAGACAGAGAAAGGGAAAUUCUUCUGUUAUUUGGUUUAUCAACUUAAUUUAUUUACUUAUCACUAUUUCUGUACAGUAUAUUCAUGUUGCAGAUAGACGGUAAAUCUUAGGAACACGUACUCUCUGAGUUGCUGAGGGCAGCCGGGGGAGUCGAGGGGUCCGAGUAUCUCUGAGCGGAGGUUAGAUUCAGGUAGCCCGUCUCUGCUGAUCGAGAAAGAGGCCCAGAGAUGAAACGGUGACGGGAGGAAGUCACAUCUGUCUGCUUUCUCCGAGUUUUGUCCAAUGCGCCCUGCAUACAAUCAGAUGUUUUCUUCAGUUCCUAACAAUAAUAAUAAUAAUAAAAAAAGUUGUCUUACAAUGACAACAGUAAAGAAUAUACAGUAAAUCAGAGAUUCUCAACCCUUUGUAACUUAAGGCUCACUUAUGAUUGCUAAAAAUUUAUUUGGAAAAAAACAAAACAUGAAUGACCAAACUAAAUACUCUGCUUACCCUCACCCAUCACUGCCUCACCACACGUUUUUAACAGCGCAUGUUUGUCUCCCACAUCACGCUUAUGUUUAAAAAAGUGAUCUUGUGUCACUUCAUUCAAGGCAAUGUUAGGUAACGGUGACAAAACAUGUUUGUCUCUAGCUGAUGAUGUGUGGUGAUUGGCUUUGGUGAUAUUCAAAUACAACCAGUCAUUGAAAUUAUACUUUGUUUGAAUUACUACGUUCUUUAUAUAUAUAUAUAUAUAUAUAUAUAUAUAUGCAAGUGCAUUUAGAUGUAAAAUAACUAGCUUUGUAAAUUACAAAAAACAUGAAUUGAAAAGUUGUCUCUCCAUUUAUUGUUUUAGCUGCAUGGCAAUGUUGGUUGGCUUUUCAUCUGGUCAAAAUGUUUACAAUCCUUUUGGUUUACGACCAAACUUGAAAACAAUCAUUCCUAUCAGCCCAAGCUGUACUUUGUGUUUAGUGCUACAUACCAAAAGUUAGAUUUAUUUUAAACAUGCUACAAAUAACAAGAAAAAAACUCAAGAAUUACUAAUGAAAUGAACAGUAAACAUAUACAGCUGAUUAUAAAUAAAUUAAUAUUUGAUGUCCCAAAAAGGAGUGGACAGAAGUAACACUUAUACGGUCCUACCCUUUCUGUAACUUAAAUAAUGAACUUAAGGUCUAUCACAUAUACACACAAACAAUCAUGCUAACAGGCUAAAUUAAAUUGGUGAACAUGGUCAACAUUACACCUGCUAAAUAAUAACCGACAUGUUAGCAUUAUCACUGUGAGCAUAUUAUAACAUGUUAUUAUUAUGGUUAUUAUGCCCCGUACCUCAGUAAAGUGGAGUGAUUGCAGGUUUUGCAGGGUGCGUUCCAGGACAGCUAGCUGAUUGGACAUGUGGAGUAUUUUGUUUCCUAGUUUCUUGUUUUCCAUCUCUAGAAAGUCCACCCUUGAGAUCAAUACAAACGUCUCUUCUUUGUCAAUGAUCACACAUUUGGUAAAUCUGCAGUAAUCCUCUGAACAUAAUGUGUGGACUCUUUGGAAUCACACAGCUAAGUGUUGGCUGUUUGAGUUAAGUACCUGCAUUUGGACAAAGAGGCUGUUAGAUUACUGUCUUUCUUGUUGUGCUCUUCCUCAUUUAGCUGUUGUAGUAGCCUCCUCCUCUCAACAAGUAGUUUCUCAUUUUCCACAGUAAUACUUAUGGUAAGCUCUUUUUCCUGGAGGAGAAAAACAAUUUGAACUUCCCUCAAUUAAUCAUCUGAUUUAUAUAAUGCCAUUUGUUUCUAAAGGUCUGUAGAGUGAGUCAAUACAGGAAUUACACCAUGACUCAGCAUCUCCUACGGGCUUUCAGCGCUGCCACCGUUUAACAUAUUCCAUGAUGGCCUUGUUACCGUGGUCACUGAGUCAAUAUAUGGACAUACAGCAAACACUCUUAUGGUAACACAGGUGGGAAUACAUUGUGAUAUUUAAAUCCAUCAUGUGAAAAAACAAAACAAAUAGUGAUUGAUUAAUCCAGGUGCCCCAUCUCAAACUUUUGUUUCUUUUGUGUGAAGUAGGACAAAGCUCUAGAUUUACCUUAGACAAUGAAUGGGAACACAAGGAUAGCUGCCGCUCUAGAUUCUUUAUCUUCUCAUCACGCCAUGUUGUUUCCUCAUCACAUUUCUGUUUGGCUCGACACAGUUUUGCCUUGUGCUUUUCCUUCACUUCAUGGUAUUUACUGUAAGAAGAUAGACCAAAGUAACACAUUACUUAUAUAUAUUAUAUUAAAUCACGAUUUAACCAUGGCAAAAGAAAGCCAUACAACAUAUAUUAUCAUCAUAUUGUACUAUGAAGGGACAUUGUCAUAUGUUGUCACCAGUGUCAAAGUUUUCAAUGUCCUCUGCGGGUUGAAGAAAAGUCUUUGUUGUUCGUUCACACGUACAAAUAUUAUUGGAUGAAUAAAAUAUUACAGUUUCAUCAA